AUGUCUACCAACCAAGAGCACACCGACCUCCACAACACCGCCAACCUUGCAGCGGGUGGCAACGCUGCACCCAAUGGCAACACCAACCACCAAAAGCUCGAGGAAGCUACUCGUGGUAUGAGCCAUGAAGAAAAGGCCACUGCUCAACAAGCCGCCCGCUUUGGUUAUGGUCCCCUUGCUCAUGUACGCACCAGUGGAGGCGACAUGCUUCCUGCCUUCGGUGGUGAAUUCCAACCCGGUCUCUACAAGCCCGUCGAGGGCCGCAAAUUCGCCAAUCCGGCACCCCUUGGUCUUUCUGCCUUCGCCUUGACCACAUUUCUCCUCAGUUUGAUCAACCUCAACACGCGAAAUCUCGCCGGUAACAACAGUAUCAUCAUCUCUCUGGCUUUCGGUUAUGGUGGUCUUGUCCAACUCCUGGCUGGCAUGUGGGAAAUGGCUGUUGGCAACACCUUCGGUGCUACGGCUCUAUCCUCAUACGGUGGUUUCUGGAUUUCUUUCGCCAUUAUCCUGACACCGGGUGGUUUCGAUAUCGUUGCGACAACGGAAGCGGCUGGUGGGGGUACUUCUCUACUCAAUCUCCUAGGGCUUUACCUGAUUGGCUGGUUUAUCUUCACCUUCCUCCUCUUGAUCUGCACGUUGAAGUCCACCGUGGCUUUCUUCUUCCUGUUCUUCACCCUCGAUAUGACCUUCCUUCUCCUGGGUAUCGCCUACCUUUGUCCCUCAGCUGGUGCUCCCAAUGUUGCUUGCACACGUGCUGGCGGUGCCUUCGGUACUCUUGCUGCUUUCGCUGCCUGGUACAACGCUUUGGCUGGUAUCGCUGAUACUUCCAACAGCUUCUUCAUCAUUCCUGUGGCACACUUCCCCUGGUCUGUGAAAGGCCGGGCUAACCGUGCCGCCGCCAGAGAGGACGAACACAAUGCCUAA